UCCUCGGGGCUCCGUGGCAGCGCUGGGUGGGAUUCCCUCCUCCCAAACCAAAAGGGUUCGGGAUACCCGGGCUGCGGGGAGCGGCCGGAGCGGCGCCCGCCCCGGCCGGGAGCGGCUGCCGGGGCUCAGCUGCGGCUCAGCCAUGGGCAGCGGCAGCAGCCGGCGCCGGGGAGCGGCGGGGGCCGCGGCGGGGCCGGGGAACCGCGACCCGCUGGGAAUGGUGCUGCCCGAGGGCGAGGAGGCGGCGGCGCUGCCCGGACCCGGCUGCGGAGCCCCGGCUGCCGGCAGCAUCCUCCCCCCAGCCCGGGACAUCGGCGGGUCCCUGCCCCCGCGGGCGGCUUUGUCACCCAGAAGCCCACCAGGCCCAGAGAACAACACCGCUGACCAUCAGUGCCCACAAAGGAACAGCAAGAAGCCAGCAGGGAUGUCCACAAUAUCAUAUGAUUACUCGGAGGAGGAGCUCAUGGCAAGCAUCGAGCGGGAAUACUGCCGCUGAACCCAACCCCCACACCACGAGAACUUUAAGCACAUUCCUGGAGGCCCAGAUGGAGCAAAACUGCUGCUGACAAAAUAACUGCUCACACAGCAUGGGAGAGGUGGGUUGCAGAGGGAGGUGAAGUGUGAGAGGCAACACUGUGGGAGGCACAGAGGAGAAAGCCCUCCUGACCAGCACUGAGUGAAUGUCAAGAUCCUCACCAACAGAUCAGCACAAAAGAGACCAAUUCAUCUUGCAUAUCAAUAUUUUAAAGCUCAUUUCUAAAUGGUAUUUACAAAUGAACAUGUACUAGAAUUGUAGUGUCAUACUAGAAGCAUUGUGUUAAAGAAUAUUAUUCAUUUUAGCCUGAAAUAUAAUCAACUCAACAUUUAAAGUUAGCUGCCAUAUAUGCAUAUAUAUGCAUAUAUAUAUGAUUAAUGCCAUAUGGCAUUAGGCAAUAAAAAUAAAGAUGAACUAUACAUGAAGACACUUGAAACUGCAAAGCAGCAUGGCACAGCAGAACUCACUUGAUCAGUAUUAGUAGCUGAAUUAGUGAAGCCUCAGGCCACAAGCUCUGAACUUUCACCUGGAUACAUUGAACUGACAUUGAACUUUUACUGAAUUAGACAGGUGAAGGUCUCAGAGCUGGUUCAAGCCAAAAGGGAGCUACAACCAGCAGCAAACCUUGAAGAAGAGACCAUCUGCCCGGAGACAAGGAAAGAACCCAGUGAAGAACAGUGUGGUCCUGGCCACUAAAACACCAUUGGACCUUCACAGGGACAGCAUCUGAAGAGCACAUGAAGGUUGGGAACUUAGAUUGUAAGAGUAUAAUUGCCCAGGGAUUUCUUUGUUCCUCUCUGAAGACACCCAGCUUGAGCUGUAAACUGAUGCUGUACCACCAAUAAAUUAGCCAGAAGUGUUUUGUGUCAAAGACUCUGCCUUGGGAAACCUAGGAUGGAGGAAACAAAACUCUUUAACUGUUGAGACAUGGUGCUAUGAAGGAAGAUCUUAGUUUUGUUUCAGUAGGGGCAAAAAAUGCUGUAAAACAAUUUGAUUCAGAUCUCGCUUAAAGGGGUGUUGCGUGAAAUUCAUACUCCUGCCACUUAAAACAGGCCAAAUUCACUCCCUGCGCUGUGCAAGCCUCUGGACCAGGUCUGAAUUCGGCACUGUCUCUUUAUGGUCCUCUCACCAGCAUGGGAUGUAAGACAAAAAAGGGAAUGAGCCUACCAUCCGGUGUGCACGCAGAGUCAUCCCAGAGCUGAAAACCCACCAAGGUUUAGCAAAGGAGGCUCCUGGGAGCCACCAGGAAACAUAGGGUUUGUACAAUCCCUUCAGGCAAGAUUCCAGCAUUGGUGUGGUACCUGGAGCUCCUUGGCAUGGAUCCUUCAUGGAUCCUGGUGCUGACUCACUGUGGCCAGCAAUCACCCAUCUCAAGAGAGACUUGUAUGCUAUUGCAGAGCAGCAGUUUGCAAUCAGUUUUCAGAAUUAUGAGUCCUGGCCUUCCUGUUUAUUUCUUGUAAGAAACCUAGAAGAAAAAUCACUACACGUGACAGUGGGCUCAGUCGGAAGCAAAACAGAAAGUCAGCUCGCUGAAGAAAAUUGUAUAUUUUCACUGCUCCCUGACAGAGAAGCGUGUUAUUUUAGUAUUUCUGUCUUUAUUUUGCCUGCAUCUUAGAGUAUUAUGAAUAGCUGCUUAUUAUCAGAAGUAGAAGAAUACCUAACUUCUGUCUUCAGCUGAAGCAUAAAAGACAUGAGACAAAUCACAUACACUGUGUAAAUGCAAGAAGACACAGCAGGACACAUCUUAAGAUGCUGCAUUAUAACUCCUUUGUAAUUCCUGGUAUCUGUGAAACAGAAAUAAAAGCAUCUGUACUAUAUGUAACCCUCAGUAAAGGCAUUGAAUGCUGUUC